GUCAUUUUUCUCCGUCUUAUUAUUUCACAUCUGCACCAUCAUCACCGCGCUUUAACUCCGAGGACAUCAAAAAUCAUCAAAUGUGACUUUUUCUUUCUUGUUCCAGCCUACUUUUUGUUUUCAAGAGCCCCAUGUAAGAAGAAGGAAAGGUGGGGGGGGGGAUUGUUCCUCCGCGGGUCUCUGUAUGCAAGUGACCGGGGAAGAGGACUCAACGCCGCCGACGCUGGAGAGCCCUCCGGGCGAAGACAUGUGCAGCGAGUGCUACGAGAACCGAACGUUUAUCCACGACGAUGGCACCGCCAACGACACCACAACGAGGUUUUGCGAUGGAACGCUCCGAACUGCGGGCGGCGCCGGCGGGGUCAUCUCGGACAUCUCCAGGCCGAAUGCGGAGCAGCCGGAGAGCGAGGUGCCCCCCCUGCCGCCCCGCUUCCGCCUCCGGGACCUUCUGAUUGGGGACCACGGCUUUCAGAACGACAGGGUGCACGUGGAGUUUUACGUGAACGAAAACACCUUCAAGGAGCGGCUCAAGCUUUUCUUCAUCAAAAACCAGCGAUCAAGCUUGCGCAUUCGCGUCUUCAACUUCUCCCUGAAGCUGCUCACCUGCCUCCUCUACAUCAUCCGAGUGGCGACGGACCACCCGAUCCAGAGCCCCCACCGCCUCAACACGUCGAACGCUCCCGCCGGCAACGGCAAAUGCAUUGACCGCCACUGGAACGGAUCAGCGCAGGACCGAGACAUUAACUGGGAGUUGAUCUUUUGGGUGGACCGAAAGAUUCCCGUUUGGGCCAUUCAAGUGACUGUGGCCAUCAUCAGCUUCCUGGAGAACAUGCUGCUGAUGUAUCUUGGCUACAAGGGGAACAUUUGGGAGCAGAUUUUCCAAGUGUCCUUCCUCCUGGAGAUGAUCAACACGGUGCCCUUCAUCAUUACGAUCUUCUGGCCGUCCAUUCGGAACAUUUUCAUUCCGGUGUUCCUCAACUGCUGGCUGGCUAAAUGCGCCCUGGAGAACAUGAUCAACGACGUCCACAGGGCGAUCCAGAGGACCAACUCGGCUAUGUUCAACCAGGUCCUUAUCCUCAUCUGUACGCUGCUCUGUUUGGUCUUCACUGGCACGUGUGGAAUUCAGCACCUGGAGCGGGCGGGCAAACACCUCUCGCUGUUCAACUCUUUCUACUUCUGCAUCGUCACCUUCUCCACGGUGGGCUUCGGCGACGUCACCCCCCGCAUUUGGCCCUCGCGGCUUCUGGUGGUCGUCAUGAUCUGCGUGGCGCUGGUGGUGCUGCCCCUGCAGUUCGAGGAGCUGAUGUACCUGUGGAUGGAGAGCCAGAAGUCGGGGGGCAACUACAGCCGUCACCGGGCGCAGACGGAGAAGCACGUGGUCUUGUGCGUCAGCACGCUGAAAAUAGACCUGCUCAUGGACUUCCUCAAUGAGUUCUACGCCCACCCCAGGCUGCAGGAUUACUACGUGGUGAUCCUGUGUCCGAGCGAAAUGGGCUUCCAGGUGCGGCGCGUCCUCCAGAUCCCGCUGUGGUCGCAGAGGGUCAUCUAUCUGCAGGGCUCGGUUCUCAAAGACCAGGACCUGCUCAGAGCCAAAAUGGACGACGCCGAGGCCUGCUUCAUCCUGAGCAGUCGCAACGAGGCGGAUCGCGCGGCAGCGGAUCAUCAGACCAUUCUGAGAGCCUGGGCCGUCAAGGACUUUGCUCCAAACUGUCCGCUUUAUGUCCAGAUACUCAAACCCGAGAACAAGUUUCACGUCAAAUUUGCAGAUCAUGUGGUCUGCGAGGAGGAGUUCAAGUACGCCAUGUUGGCUCUGAACUGCAUCUGUCCUGCAACCUCCACCCUGGUCACGCUCCUGGUGCACACGUCCAGUGGACGGGAAGGACAACAGUCGCCGGAGCGGUGGCAACGCGUGUACGGCUGUUGCUCCGGUAACGAGGUCUACCACAUCAGACUGGGCGACAGCAAGUUCCUCGGGGCGUACGCCGGCAAAAGCUUCACCUACGCCUCCUUCCACGCGCACAAGAAGUACGGCGUGUGUCUGAUCGGCGUCAGGAAGGAAGACAGCAAAAGCAUCCUCCUGAAUCCCGGCCCGCGCCACAUCCUGGCCCCCGCCGACACCUGCUACUACAUCAACAUUACGAAGGAGGAGAACUCGGCCUUCGUCUUCGAGGGGGAGGAACUGAAAGGCGGCGCCGGGGCGCGGCGCUACGACGGAGCCUCGCGGCUUCCCGUGCACAGCAUCAUCGCCGGUGUGGGGACCGUCGCCGUGGACCUCCAGAACUCGAGCUCCGCGGCGGCCCGGCCCACGCUCAACGGAACGGGCGGCCGGCGGCCCAGCAUCGCUCCGGUGCAGGAGCUCGCGGACUCCUCCUCGGUCUUGCCGUGUGACCUCCUCGCCGACCCGUUGGAGGACGAUUCCGUCUUCGCAGAGUAUGUGAAAGGUUACCCCCCCAACUCCCCUUACAUCGGAACCUCGCCCACCUUGUGCCAUCUGCUGCCUGAGAAAGCCCCGUUUUGCUGCCUACGCCUGGACCAGGUGGGCGGUCCCGCUCUGUUUCAGUUCUUAUCUCGCGUCCCUCUUCGCUCAUCUUUUUGUCUGACUUCUCAGGGCUGCAGGCACAACAGUUUUGAGGACGCCAAGGCCUACGGUUUCAAAAACAAGCUCGUCGUCGUGUCGGCGGAGACGGCCGGGAACGGCCUCUACAACUUCAUAGUGCCCCUCCGGGCGUAUUACAGGCCCAGGAAGGAACUCAAUCCCGUCGUUUUACUGCUGGACAACCCGCCGGAUAAUCAUUUCUUAGAGGCCAUCUGCAGCUUCCCUAUGGUCUACUACAUGGCCGGCGCUAUAGACGAUCUCGACAGCCUCCUGCAGUGCGGGAUCAUAUACGCCGACAAUCUGGUGGUCGUGGACAAGGAGAGCACGAUGACCGCGGAGGAAGACUACAUGGCCGACGCCAAAACCAUCGUCAACGUGCAGACAAUGUUUCGGUUGUUCCCCAGCCUCAGCAUCAUCACGGAGCUCACGCACCCGUCCAACAUGAGGUUCAUGCAGUUUCGGGCCAAGGACUGCUACUCGUUGGCUCUGUCCAAGCUGGAAAAAAAAGAGCGCGACAAAGGCUCCAACUUGGCUUUCAUGUUCCGGCUCCCUUUCGCCGCCGGACGAGUCUUCAGCAUCAGCAUGCUCGACACGCUGCUUUACCAGUCGUUUGUGAAGGACUACAUGAUCCCGAUUGCGAGAUUGCUGCUGGGACUGGACACCACUCCGGGAUCGGGAUACCUCUGUGCUAUGAAAGUAACAGAGGGCGAUCUUUGGAUCGGUACUUACGGCAGACUCUUCCAGAAGCUCUGCUCGUCCAGCGCGGAAAUUCCAAUCGGGAUCUAUCGGACCGAGUCGCACAUUCUCUCCGGGCCUGAGUCCCAUCCGUCGGCCGACGAACGCAAGGACGGCGCAGGCGAGUCCCUGCGGCGCGGCGACCCUUCGGAACGCCCGCUGCUGAGGAGGAAGAGCGUGCAGUGGGCCCGACGGCGGCGUCCGAGCAAAAGACCAACGCGGCGGCAGGACGGCAGCCGGGACUCCGCCGAGGACCGCGACCAGCGCACCGCCCCGCAACACCUGGGAAUGUGCCGGCGCUCCGAGAGGGAAGAGCUUUCCGAGCUGGUCCGCAACCGCAUGAGGCAUUUGGGCCUCCCGGCCUCAGGAUAUGACGACUUGAGCAACCUGUCAGCCUGCGACGUCAUGAACCGGGUCAAUCUGGGAUAUCUCCAAGACGAGCAAAACGACCACCAAAACACUCUGUCCUACGUCCUGAUCAACCCUUCGCCGGACACCCGGCUGGAGCUCAACGACGUCGUAUACUUGAUCCGCUCAGACCCCCUGGCGCACGUCCCCGAGGAUCCUCCGGUCCACAGAAGCAACCUGAAAGAGAACCACGAAUCCAGCUUUGACACCAGAGACGAUACCCGGCUGUGACCACGCCCAAAACGUCUUAACCUGGCGGUUUGCUCGCUCCAAGGCAGGUUUGGAACCCACACAGGACCAGCAUCGCAGUCUCCGAAUCAAUCUGAUUGGCUCGAGAAGAUAGUAAGGACAUCAUUUUUCGUUCAUUAUAGACCUGAACCACCGAUUGAAUUGUUGUUCGCCUCGGUGCUCCCCCCAGGUAAAAUGAAAAUCGACAUCAGAAUCUAUUUGCCGCUUCUGUGUUCAUAGCUAAUUGGUUUAAUGUCCAAAUUGAAGCAUUUCAUGAACUCAUUUGUUAGGAAAAAUGUAAGAGUGAGAGCGGUGGAAUAUAUCUGCCGAGGAAGUGACUUUGACCGGUAUGGUUUUUUUUUUUUAUCGGCCCU